AUGCGUAUAUCGGUAGGCCGGAUAGGAUGGCAUAUUCUGGCAGUUUUGGUUUCAGUUGUAAUUAGUAUUGAGCAUGACUCGAUUUGUGACGAAAGCACAGGUGCAUGUGUGGAGCCGACACAUACAGUAAUACGACUAGCCAAAAGAGACGACGAGCUUGCUCGUCGAAUAGCUGCUGAUCAUGAUAUGCAUGUAAAGGGAGAACCUUUCCUCGAUACUCAUUAUUUUCUUUACCACUCGGAAACAACUAGAACAAGGAGACAUAAAAGAGCAAUUGUCGAAAGAUUGGAUACUCAUCCCGCAGUCGAAUGGGUUGAAGAGCAGAGGCCCAAGAAGAGAGUCAAGAGAGAUUACAUCCUUCUAGACAACGAUGUGCAUCAUGCCAAUCCAUUCCGGAGGUCUGUUCUAUCUCGAGAUGGCACACGAAGAUCUCAACGCCAACAACCACAGUCACCACGGGAAAUCCCAUCCCUUCCGUUCUCAGACCCUCUUUACAAAGAUCAGUGGUAUUUGCACGGAGGAGCUGUUGGAGGAUAUGACAUGAAUGUUCGUCAAGCUUGGCUUCAAGGAUAUGCUGGUCGAAAUGUCUCUGUCUCCAUUCUCGAUGACGGAAUUCAAAGAGAUCAUCCCGACUUGGCUGCCAAUUAUGAUCCUCGUGCUUCCACUGACAUCAACGAUCACGACGAUGAUCCUACACCACAAAACAAUGGAGAUAAUAAGCACGGAACAAGAUGUGCAGGAGAAGUUGCUGCACUUGCUGGAAACAAUCAAUGCGGAGUUGGUGUCGCUUUCAAAGCCAAAAUAGGAGGAGUUCGUAUGCUGGACGGAGCAGUUUCUGAUUCAGUUGAAGCUGCUUCCUUGUCAUUGAACCAAGAUCACAUUGAUAUUUAUUCGGCGUCGUGGGGUCCGGAAGACGAUGGAAAAACGUUUGAUGGCCCGGGACCUCUUGCGAGAGAAGCAUUCUAUCGUGGAAUUAAAAAUGGAAGAGGUGGAAAAGGAAAUAUCUUUGUGUGGGCUAGUGGAAACGGUGGAUCAAGACAAGACUCAUGCUCAGCAGACGGAUACACAACUUCUGUGUACACACUGUCCAUUUCAUCAGCUACAUACGAUAAUCAUCGACCAUGGUACUUGGAAGAAUGCCCUUCAUCUAUUGCUACAACAUACAGUUCUGCUGACUUCCGACAGCCAGCUAUUGUAACCGUUGAUGUUCCUGGAGGAUGUACUGAUAAGCAUACUGGAACCUCCGCAUCAGCUCCAUUGGCAGCUGGAAUUAUUGCUCUCGCUUUGGAAGCGAAUCCGGAAUUGACAUGGAGAGACAUGCAACAUCUUGUUCUCCGAACUGCGAACUGGAAACCACUUGAGAAUAAUCCAGGAUGGUCUAGAAACGGUGUUGGAAGAAUGGUGAGCAACAAAUUUGGAUAUGGACUGAUGGAUGGAGGAGCUCUGGUGAACAUGGCAAAAUCGUGGAAGACUGUACCAGAACAGCACAUUUGUACCUACGAGUAUAGACUCGCCAAUCCAAAUCCUCGUCCGAUUGUCGGCCGCUUCCAACUCAACUUCACUCUAGACGUCAAUGGCUGUGAAACUGGAACACCAGUUAUUUAUUUAGAACAUGUUCAAGUUCAUGCAACUGUCCGCUAUCUGAAACGUGGAGAUCUCAAGUUGACCCUAUUCUCUCCAUCCGGAACCAGAUCGGUUCUUCUGCCACCCCGACCACAAGAUUUCAAUGCAAAUGGGUUCCACAAAUGGCCAUUCCUCUCGGUUCAACAAUGGGGAGAGGAUCCACGUGGAACAUGGCUUUUGAUGGUUGAAUCCGUAACCACUAAUCCGGCAGCUGCAGGAACCUUCCACGACUGGACUCUUCUUCUCUACGGAACAGCGGAUCCAGCUCAGCCUGGAGAUCCAGUGUACUCUGCAACUCCACCAACAUCACAGGGUGUUCUCUCACGUGUACAACAACUUACUUCUCAGGCUGACCAAAUAGUCGAAAGAAAUCGUAACGAUUGGGAAAUUACGAAAGAAGAGAGUUCACAUUGGAAUUGGGAGCAUAAAAUUCAACAGAAAAAGUCAUCAGCAACUUCUUCUUCGAAAUUGAACUCUCUUUUUGUUUGUGGUCUCGUAAUAUUCCAGCCAAUUCUGUCAGUGAUUCUUGUCUGUAUUUUUGCUGCCAUUCAUCGCCAAUUUGCGAUAUGA